AUGUCGAACAUAAGAUCCCUUAGCGACCUGAGGAAGGACGAAAAAAAAAACAAGGAACGCGUAGCGCACUAUACAGGCGGUCAGAACAGCGGACUGGAAGUGGAAAACUCAGACGAUGACAUGGUCUCUAGUUUCUUCACGUCCAAAUUGCCAGAAAACUGCAGACGGAUUACGCUAUAUAAAAAUGGGUUCAUCGUAGAUGACGGAGAGUUUCGCGAUCUAAAUCUUGAGGAGAAUAAAAAAUUCAUGCAAAACAUCGAGGCAGGUAUCUUGCCAAAGGAAUUGGCCGGCAAGGAUAAAACGAUGAAUGUAGCCAUAAAGGAUAACAGCAACCAGGUCUAUACAAAGGGAAACAUCGACACCACCAAUGCAACCUACAAAGGACAGGGGGUCAAGUUAGGGUCAAGUAACACAUCAAGUGUUACCGAAGAAGAAAUGAAAAAACUCGCAGAAUCUACCCCGACUGAUAUUAAAAACAUCCAUGUGGACGAUUCUAAGCCCACUACCACAUUGCAUGUCAGAUUAUAUAAUGGGAAAAAAGUUUCUCAGAAGUUUAAUUGUGACCACACAGUGGAGGACCUGUUUCAGUUCGUGCAUAGUUACACCCCUGUGAGUUUUUCUCUCUUUUUUGAUUUCCCUCUGAAGCAAAUUGAGCGCAACGGCCAGACGCUGCAGGAUGCCAAACUGAUGGAUACGCUCAUUACGCAGAAGCUCACGUAG